UAAACGUGAUAUAUACACACACUACACGCACUUUGAUAGGGUUUUUUUUGUUCUUUCUUUCAAGUGGGAAAGAGAGACUUCACAGAGAGACAAAGAGAGAGACAGAGAGAGUAUGGCAGCUGGAGAAGGGAACGGUGUGGUUCCAGUUGAGAUGGAAGGAGCUAAUAGCAAUAAUAACAACAAUAUAUCAAGUGUUAUAUCUGGAUGGUUUUCAGAAAUUAGCCCAAUGUGGCCUGGAGAAGCCCACUCAUUGAAGGUGGAGGAAAUACUAUUUCAAGGGAAGUCUGAGUACCAAAAUGUUAUGGUCUUUCAGUCUGCCACGUACGGGAAGGUCCUUGUUUUAGAUGGAGUCAUUCAACUCACUGAGAGAGACGAAUGUGCAUAUCAAGAGAUGAUUACUCAUCUUCCACUUUGUUCAAUUUCAAAUCCGAAGAAGGUUUUGGUUAUCGGAGGGGGAGAUGGUGGUGUCUUGCGGGAGGUGUCUCGCCAUUCUACAGUUGAGCAGAUAGACAUCUGUGAGAUUGAUAAGAUGGUAGUUGAUGUGUCUAAACAAUUUUUUCCUGAGGUUGCCAUUGGAUAUGAGGAUCCACGCGUGAAGCUACACAUUGGUGAUGGGGUUGCAUUUCUAAAGGCUGUUCCCGAGGGCACAUAUGAUGCAGUAAUAGUGGACUCUUCUGAUCCCAUAGGUCCGGCACAAGAGCUCUUUGAGAAACCAUUUUUCAAGUCGGUAUCAAAAGCUCUUCGUCCUGGAGGUGUUGUUUGCACUCAAGCUGAAAGCAUUUGGCUUCAUAUGCACAUAAUUGAAGACAUUGUUGCAAACUGCCGCCAAAUUUUCAAAGGCUCAGUCAACUAUGCAUGGACAACAGUUCCCACGUACCCAAGUGGGGUUAUUGGUUUUAUGCUCUGUUCUACUGAUGGAGCCCCAGUUGACUUUAAACACCCGGUGAGCCAGAUAGACGAGUCUGCCCGACCACUGAAGUUUUACAACCCUGAAAUUCACACAGCUGCUUUCUGUUUACCAACUUUUGCUAAGAAGGUGAUUGAGGCGAAAUCUGUAUAGGGACCAUUUUUUGGAGCAUUGGAGAAUUUCACGAUUAAGCUGUUGUAGAGUUCUCGACUUUGUGUCCUCAGUGUGAAGCAGUCCUAAAAUCAGAAGGAUAUAUGUGAACAGAUGUGCCCACGCUUUAAUACAAAUGCAAGUGAUGGAAUCUACAAGACCGAGUCUUGAGCUUUUGACAUUUAUCCUUAUAGUUCUUUGUUGAGAGAAUUUAUUUCCAAAUGAAAUUUGAUAAUUCUUAUGUUAUGUUGAGUUUUGAGUUUUUA